UUGAAUAAUAAGUUAAUGGAAGUAUGCCGUGUUGAUGUUGGUAAAAAGAAGUGUGAUGAACAAAGUAUAAAGCAAAGAAAAGAAAAGGUUAAAGACAAUGAUGAAAUGUAUGUUAAAGAGAGAGGGCUUACUUGGAAACGUUUGAACAAGAUAAAUAGUAGUUGUAUGGAUUAUAGAUUUAUUGGAUAUAUUUAUAGUGUCGACAUUGAUGUUAAAAGUGUAAAGGCAAUACAAAAGUUCUACAUAAAGUGUGGAUUACCUUCUGAUGUGGUUCUUG